UGAGAUGUUUGUAAUUAGAAGUUGAGAAGUAUUCCAAAAUGAAAGGUGUAAUUUUCCUGCUCCUUGUCGUUUCAUUCAGCCAUGCAGAUCCUAGAGGAAAACUAUAUCAAAGAGAUAGAGUUUGCCAUGAAUAUAAAAUGAUGGGAAAAGACCAAUUUGAAGCCUCAGCAAUCAUUAUGAACAGCAGGAAAUAUUCAAAUGCAACAUUUGAAGAAAUAAAUCACAUUGUGAAAGCUAUAGUCACCUUGGUGGAGAAAUGUUGUGUUCAAGGAGCGCCUGCCGACUGCUACGACAAAGGGGCAACUGAUUUAUCAGUAAAAUCAUGUGAUCCAAAGUCUCCAUUCCCUAAACAUCCUGGUAUUGAGAGAUGUUGCAUUCACAAGGGUCUAGAACGAAAGCUGUGUCUGGCAGAUCUUAAGCAGCCUCCAAAAGAAUUCCCAACCUAUGUGGAACAGUCUAAUGAAGAAUUAUGUGAAGCCUUCAAGAAGGAUCCAAAAUUGUUUUCUGCCAGGUUUUUGUAUGAAUAUGCUAGUAAUUAUGCUCAAGCGCCACUACUUGUGGUUGCUAAUUCUACCAGCAACUAUAUCAGUAUGGCAGCAGCUUGUUGCACAGCUAAGAAAUCUACCACGUGUUUCGUGAAACAGAAACUCCAGAGACAACCUAUCCAUUUACUUACAGUGAUGUCAAAUAGACUGUGUGCACGUUACAGUUAUGGAGAAGAAAAGUUUAAAUCCAGUGCCUCAAUAAUGUUCAGCCAAAAAGUACCUUCUGCAGAAUAUAAGGAUAUAAUACCAAUUGUGGAACAGGGCACACAGGUGCUUGCUAAGUGCUGCAGCUCAUUGACAGAUAAUUGUAUGGAGAGUGAGCUCUCUGUACACAUUAAACAAGUGUGCAAAACUCUUCAAACAAAAGACAGCAGAAUUGCUGAGUGCUGCAAGAAGUCACAUAUAGAUACCAUUCACUGCCUGCAUUCCUUGCCAGCCGCUGAGCCUAUUUCACUUCCAAAGCUACAGCUGCCGACAAGCAAUCAAUUCUGCAAGAAGGGCAAGAACCAGGAAGUUGAAAAGUACACAUUUGAGUUGGCAAGAAGAAACACAAAGCUGCCAGAAGUGUUCAUUGAUAAGCUGCAUGGUUCCAUUGUAGAUGUUGUGAAAAGAUGUUGUAUCUCUGAUAAUCCAAGCACUUGUCUGGACAGCAAGAAAGUACAACUAGCAGAGGAAAUUAAUAAGUACAUAAACGAAGGCAAGGAGUUAUGUUCGGAGUACAAUAAUUACCCUUUCUUAACGUUCAAAGAUAGAUUAAUUAAAACUCUCAGCAAGAAAGUUCCCAAACUACCAUCAAGCAAGCUGGAUGAGUUAGUGGAACAGCGAGCAAAUCUAGCAUCAACAUGCUGCAUAACAAAUGCUCCUCCAGUUUAUUGCAAAGAAAAGAUAAAUGAAGCUAUCGGAAAACUGUGCACUCAGGAUCAAUGCCUUUUGCAAUAGAAGAUCACCUAAGAUACAUGCAUCUCCUGUGCAAGGUAGAUGAAAUGGGAAAUUUACCUCCUCAAGCUUUCUGCCACCACCACCAUAAAGACUGGCUUCACCAGUGCCACCAGCCUCCCAUAUGCCUCACACACCUUCAAACCCAUCAGUUCCCUUAUCAGGAUGACAAGGUUGGAUCGCAUGACCAUAGUCACAACCUCAGACUGAGGGCCUUACCCAGGUUCCACAAACAUUACCAACAGCUACUUCUGCAGAAACUGUAGUAUCAGUUUAUGCCCAUGGUAGACAGAGAAAUAAGCAGGUGAAAGCCUAGCACCCCUGAAUAAAAUGAUGCCAUGUGUUCUAACAAAAUAAAAAUGUUUUUAAUUAACCUGA